AUGAAUUCACCUCUGACGGAUUGUUCAGGGGGCGCAGUCCAACUAAGAUGUUACCGGGAUGUUUUUGCCGGCAGUUCCAGCGAGAUCGUGUGUGCUCAUGAAUAUGGGGAUGCAAAACAUAUUUGCGUUUACGUUGCAGGAUUUUGGCUAAGGAGAGUUAGCGCAACUCAUGGGAGCAUCGUAACAAAAGUGUAUGGAAGAACAAUUUUUCGGAUAAUCAAUAGAAAAGCUUCAACUGACAGAGAAAAACAUCCGACGACUAGUGGUGGUACGAGGGAAAGGAAGAAAAUCGUUUCUGAUAAAGAUACCAAAUAUGCUUUUCGCAGACACGUACAUUCCUUUUUUUCGAAACGAGAUGCAUACAAUACCAGAAAUUGCGGCUGA